GACUACUCAUCACUGCCCCGUUUCUGUGCGCAGUCGAUGAUCGUCGGCCGCCAUGUGGCCCUCCGUCGCCCCAAUGGCCAGCAUGACGGCACACUCCAGCUGUUCCGCCACAAUAACGAGCUCCGCGUCAUUCGCAACGAGCCCGACUUCGCCAUCGUCAUCAACCCGCCCCUCCUCCCCACCCGCUGCGUCCAUCCCUUCCAUCCCUUAUGGCAGCACCCAUUCCAGCAGCACGCCAGGCCGCACGACCCGCCCGUCGGCAGCCGCAUUUGGUGGCUGGAUGGUGUGGGCUGGACGGCGGGUGUGAACGCCGGGGGCGUUUCCGCAUCAGCGAGCUCCCUGCUGAAGAGGCUGCUGAUACUAUAUCACCGGAGGAUGGCUGUGGGUGGCAUGUACCAGUCGCCACCAGUGGCGGUAGACCGGUAAGUGGAUGGACGGCAGGUCGCUCGUGGUCUGUUUCAAACAUGCAUAUGUUCGCCAGGAGUGUGCGUGGAGGUUAUCUGGAUCGUAUUCUGGCUCGAUCGCCUCACACGCCCCUCGACGCGUGUUCACACGUGACGGCAUAUGAGGCGGUCAGUGGGGCCUGUCUGCAGGCUCAUGUGCUGACAUCAUCGGCCGACCCCUUCAUCGCAUACAUUGCCUUUUCCAUUCCCUCCAUUCAACGCAGCAACGGUACGCAUACACGUAAAGAAAGAGCACCUCGACAAUGCCCCCAUGGCUGCGUGCAGUGCGCAUCAUCAUCGUUACCACCGAGGCGCCAGCAGCAGGUGUGGCCAAUGGCGCCCUUCGCACAGCGAUUCCCCCUGACCGCCGCCAAAGUGCGUCUCGUCCUCGGCCCCAUCGCCCCCAUCGUCCUCGACGGCCAGGCACCGUAGACACACAGGUGUGGGCCACACACAUGAUGCAGAGGACCUGAUCUAUGUGUCCAUUGUGUGUGUUUGUUGAUGUGUGUUCUGCAGGGCGGCUGGAUGGCGUCAAGGAAGGCACACAAGUAGCUGACUGUCUGGC